AACAAAGUACUGGCUUAUUCCCACAUUCCCAUCACCGGUUGUCCGACUUUCUCUCUCUCUUUUUCUUAUGUUCUAUGGAGGAAGGCCUAGACGCUAGCAGGGCUAACUUUAGCUUUGAGUCACCUGAGCAUGGCAGGGAAUAUAUACCCCACGGAUUGGAUGGGCUUUGGACUGUGACCACACCUUGAUCUCAUGUUGACUUGUCUGCUCGAGCCAUAUACCCAAUACGUGACUAUUUCCACUGGUUGGCUUUAUCAUCAACAAGCCGAGAAGCUUUGCUGUGGAUUGUGCCUUCGCUAUCUCUCAGCCAUGACAAUCAGACCUUCGUCAUCUCGGGGUCUCGCGUGCCUUCGCCUAAAGCCGAGUCAAGCAUGCAGAUCAUACAGUUUGAUAUCAAAAGCUUCCAGAGAUGCAGACGCCGGCAGCGGUAGGCCAAAGAAGCAGAAGCAGCGGGUCGUGAUCCUGGGCUCGGGCUGGGCGGGCUACGGGCUGGCGCGGACGCUGGACCCGGACAAGUUCGAGCGCAUCGUGGUGUCGCCGCGGUCUCACUUCGUCUUCACGCCGCUCCUGGCGUCGACGGCGGUCGGGACGCUCGAGUUCCGGGCCGUGGUUGAGCCGGUGCGGCGGCUCGGCGUCACCUUCCACCAGGGCUGGGCCGACGAUGUCGACUUCGACCGCCGCGUCGUCCGCGUCGAGGCAAACGUCGGCGACGACGCGGCCGCCCGCACCGCCCGGCGGUUCCUCGCCCCCUCUUCCGCCGCCGCGACGACUGCGACCGCACAGCAGCAGCCCCCCGCCGAGCAGCAACGCGGCCCCAUGGUCGAGGUGCCCUACGACAAGCUAGUGGUGGCCGUAGGUGCCUACACGCAGACGUUUGGCAUCGAGGGCGUGUCAGAGCACGCGCACUUUUUGCGCGACGUCGGGGACGCGCGGCGGAUCCGGCUGCGGGUGCUGUCCCUCUUCGAGCGGUGCGCGGCCCUGCCACCCGACGCCGAGACGCGCGACCUGCUGCACUUCACCAUUGUGGGUGGCGGGCCGACGGGCAUCGAGUUCGCGGCCGAGCUGCACGACCUGGUGCACGAGGACCUGACACACAUCUACCCGACGCUGACCCCGCUCGUCCGCAUCACCGUCUACGACGUCGCGCCCGCCGUGUUGCCCAUGUUCGACCGCGAGCUGGCCGGCUACGCGACCGAGCUCUUCGCCCGCAGGGGCAUCGACGUCCGCACCCGCCACCACCUGACGGGCAUCAGGGCCGCGGGGCCCGGGGAGGCCGGGGCGGCGCUGGGGGGGCUGAGGCUGCGCAUCGAGGAGCACGGCGACGGCGAGGUCGGGACCGGCAUGGUCGUCUGGUCCACGGGCCUGAUGCAGAACCCGGUCGUGGGGAAGCUGCUGGCCAAGGAGCUCAGGGUCCUACCCGACAGUAGCAGCAGCAGCAGCAGCAGCGGCAGCAGCAGCAGUAACAGCAGCACGACGGCCCGGCUGCGGAGCGACGCCAAGUCGGGCGGCAUCGUGACGGACGCACACCAGAGGGCGCAGGUCGAGGGCGCGGACGGUACGGGGCGGGUGCUAGACGACGUCUUCGUCAUCGGCGACUGCGCCGUGUCCGAGGCGGACCCGACGCUGCCCAGGACGGCGCAGGUGGCGUCACAACAGGCCGUGCACCUGGCAAAGGCCCUGAACAGGGGCACCGUCGGGGAGCGCGCCUUCGCCUUCCGCAACUGGGGCACCAUGGCCUACCUCGGCGGCUGGCGCGCCAUCCACCAGAGCAGCGCCGACGAGCUCAAGGGCUGGGCGGCCUGGGUCCUGUGGCGGACCGCGUACCUCACCUACUCCAUGAGCGUGCGCAACAAGAUCGUCGUCCCGUUUUACUGGUUCGUGUCGUGGGUGUUUGGGAGAGACAUCACGCGGUUUUGAUGCUGCCGGUGUGUUGGUAAAGCGUUUCCCUUUGAUUGCCCAUCCAUAUAGAGCCAACCCUAUAGAUCACCUAAAGCUGCGAGCCUCGCAUAACACCGACACUCGAGUACCCAGACAAAAGCGGUUUAGAAAAAUUACAUCUCCUCUUUCCAAAUAAAAAAAACCCCCCGAAUCUCGCCAUGUUAAACAAAAACACUAAGAACUGUGUUGGAAAAUCAGCAAAGACAUAAACGUUAUCAAAAAAAAAAACGAUGUAAAC